AUCAUAUCAUCAAGUUUCCCUUUCCUACCUUUUGGGUUUUGGUUUUUUUUCCGCGCAACUCUUUCUAUAUAUUUCUUUCUGCUCCUUUCCUGAACCCAGUUUUGAUUGUUUGUAGCUGAUAUGGAGAUGGACGUUCAAGACGAAGACCAGAAAGAAAGUGCAUAACUUUUGCCAUUUAUGAUGAUCCUCACGCAGCUUGAUACUUGGACUAAGGGAUCGAAUUCGGCAUGGGCGAUCGAGAUAGGAAGGAUAUAAGUCCCCUUUUGCUGAGAUUUGGUGCAGCUGUAUCUGUCUCGUUUGCUGGAUUCCUAGUCUCUCGCGUCAGAGCCAACAGAAUCCAUAUGGCCAAGCAGCAGCCGCAGCCUCCUCACUCCCCGAGAUCCCCAGAUCAUGAGAGUAGCAGUAGAGCUGGCAUUGGAGUAAGCAAGGCCAUUUGCAAUGAUGAUGUUCUUUCAGUGAAAAGAACUCCUGGUGCUGGUUGCAUGGGAUUGGAUGGACAAGAUGUUAUUUGCAGGGUGAAAGUUCCUGCUGAAACUUCCCUGGGCAACUUUUCACCAAGCUGCAGGCUGAGUGGUGAUAAAGAUGGCUACCUAUCGCCAGAAUUCAAUGAUCCAGUAAAUGAUUUAGGUGUUGUGCCUAAGGAGCUUAGAAGUGCCGAGGAUGAUGAGCAUGAGGAAGAGAUUAGGCAUCUAAAGAACAAGGUGAGAAUGCUUGAGGAGAGGGAGAAGAAGCUCGAGGUCCAACUGUUUGAGUUGUAUGGCCUCAAAGAGCAUGAAACUGCUGUCACCGAGCUGCAGAACCGAGUCAAGAUAAACAAUAUGGAGACCGAGCUUCUCACCCUCAAGAUGGAGUCCUUGCAAGCACAAAAUCAGAAGCUUGUGGCUCAAGCUUCAGAACAGACGAGAACUGUUUCGGAGCUCGAUGCUGCGAGGGCCAAGAUCAACUUACUGAAGAAGAAGUUGAGGUCUGAAACUGAACAGAAUAGGGAACAGAUCUUGGCACUUAAGGAGAAGGUUUCCAAGCUGCAAGAACAAGAAAUAGGUGCUACUUCGAGUGAUUCAGAGCAGAGGGUGGAAGAUUUGGAGGCACAGGCAGAAGAGUUGAGGAAGUCUAACAUGAAAUUGCAGCAAGAGAAUUCGGAUUCCGGUCAUCGAUUGGAAGCCACACAAGUGCUUGCAAAUUCUGUUCUUGAAGAUCCAGAGAUGGAGGAGCUGAGGAAAUUGAGCAAUCGGCUAAGCGAGGAGAACAUUCUUCUGACAAAAGAGGUGGAGAGGCUCAAAGCCGAUGGCUGCUCAGAUGUCGAAGAGCUUGUCUAUCUCAGCUGGAUCAAUGCCUGCUUGAGAUACAAGCUGCGAAAUUUUCAGGCGCCUAAUGGAAAAACAGCUGCAAGAGACCUGGGCAAAUCACUGAGCCCCGAGUCCGAGGAGAAGGCCAAAAAGUUGAUACUUCAGUAUGCGGAUGCUGAAGGAAUGGGGGAGGAAGGAAUGAGAACGGUGGAUUUCGAGACGGAUCAAUGGCUUUCCUCCCAAGCAUCAUACAUCACAGUGUCCACAAACUUUGAUGAUACUCCCUCAGUAUCAACAAAGGCCACCACUAUGAACAACAAUAGCCCUAGAAAGCUGAAGAUCUUCAGGAAACUCAGGCGGUCAAUACGUGGGAAAGAUGAGCACAGGACGGAAGAUUCUGAUUAUCCUAGCAGUGUAUCAACUGGGACUGAUGCAGGAAGUGACACACAGUCCAAUAGAGGUCGGACACCAUUGAGUUCAUACCGGUUCUCUACUGAUAGUCAUAGAAUGAGCAUUCCGGGGUUGUAUGAUGCUAAGGAAAUGGAGAGUCUUCGUGUAACGAGUGAUCUAGGGUCCACCGAUUUGCUCAGGAGGUUUUCAUCAGGCCCAGAAACAGGUAGAGACUUUUUACCAGACCAGGAAGACCUGGGGAAAUCUGACUUGGUUAGGUUUGCUGGAGUAUUGAAGGAGUCCAACGGCAAUAAUGUAACAGAGCUACAUCAUAGAAAAGGGAAAAGCAGUGUAUUUUAG